AUGCAGCGUAUACUAGACCAUACCGACCUAUGUGACAUGCGUGCCAAGUUACGUCGUAUGCCGUCCCUGGCGCCCCUUCACAUGCCGUCGGCGGCAGCGCACCUUCAUUCCUUGUGCCAGCCCGGCCGACACAAUUUGGCCUCGACUCAUUGGACAAUAGUCUCUAUGCGUGUCCCUGUGACGUUCAACAAACGUAAGUUCGGCGUCAUGAAAAAGGCGUACGAGCUGAGCGUGCUGUGCGACUGUGAAAUCGCGCUCAUCAUCUUCAGCAGCUCAAACAAGCUCUACCAAUAUGCCAGUACAGACAUGGACAAGGUGCUUCUCAAAUACACAGAAUAUAAUGAGCCUCAUGAAUCGCUCACCAAUAAAAACAUCAUUGAGGCUCUGAACAAGAAGGAACACAAAAACGGAACAUGCAGCCCCGACAGCCCAGAACCAGAAACAGACUACCAGUUGACUCCCCGCACCGAAGCAAAAUACAGCAAGAUCGAUGAGGAAUUUCAAAUGAUGCUGCAACGUAAUCAACUCAAUGGCAACCGAACUCGGCGCAAGAGCGAAAUUGGAGAGGAGGUGAACAUGGACUCAGGAUGGCGGCGGCUCUGUCAGCAGGUGGCGAUGAACCAGGCCAACUACACGAUGCCCGUAACAGUGCCCGUGAACAGCGGCUACGGCGCCGACUCUUCGUUGCUGCAGUCCAGCCCCCAGAUGCCACACACCAGCGUCUCCCCGCGGCCUUCCUCCUCGGAUAACGACGCCGUGUACCCGUCCGGAGCCAUGCUGGAGAUGAGCAACGGGUACCCGAACUCAUCUUCACCGCUGGGCGGGUCGCCCUCGCCGGGUCCCAGCCCGGUGAUGGCAGCGGCCAAGUCGUCGUCCUCCUCCAAGCAGCACUCGCCGGGCGGCGGCGGCGGGGGCGGGGGCCGCUCCAACCUGCGUGUCGUCAUCCCCCCGCCGCAGGGCCACGCGGUGGCCCCCUCGUCCUCCGCGGCCGGCGCCUCCGAGGAGUCAAGUCGGAGCGGGUCAGCGCUAAACACUCCAGUGGUGGCGCUGCAGACUCCGUCCAUCCCCAGCCUCACUGGCUAUCCUGCCAUCUCCACCUUUGCAGGCCAGGACUUCGUUGUGGGUUCUGACAUGGGCUUAGGGGCUCUAAACUGGAGCCAUCAGUUGCCCUCCACCCUAACCCACCCCAGUGGAUUACCUCACCUGGCAGUGUCUAGCAGCACACCACCACCGUCCACAUCUCCACUGCCAGUCAAGAUCAAAAGUGAGCCAAUCUCUCCUCCUCGUGGAGAUGGAGGCGGGGGGAGUGGAAGUGGAGGGGGUCCACUCACACAUGGCUUGGCUCACCUGCAAGCUGCUCAUGGAGGUGGACACGGGGGUGGGGGUGGAGCACACACGCUCCCGCGACCUAGCUCUGCUGGACAUCUCACUCCCACGCCAGGUGAGCCGGCUAUGUUCCCCGCCGGCUUCGACCCCCACAGUACGCAACCCUUCUUGCUCUGUUCUGCUACCCACGCGCCAUAUGCGGCUCUUGGGGUUCUGGCUACUCAUGUGACACUGGGAAGUGUAACUCCCACCAACCUGUCAUCACCUAGUGACCCUCGACAUAGUAGCAGCAGUGACUAUGACAGUGGACCUCUACAGAAGCGACCCCGUCUGAACGAGGGUUGGGGAGCCACAUAGUGGCUCUCAGCCUCACCACAACUUGCAGGCCACAGCUGCCGCUGACACAAUGUGCCAUCCAGUGUUGCCAUGCUGUCUCAGCACACACCUGACUGACUUCAAUAUUUUCUACAUGCAAAGAAGCAAGACAUGAUAGUCUUGCAAAGUGUUGUGCUCCAUAUGAUGACCAGCUGCUGACGCAACCUGCCAUUGCAAUGUGGACUAUUUAAUUGUAGGUUCUGCAUACCAGCACUUGGAACACCCUGAGCCGCAGGCAUAGAGCAGGCACAUCUUGACUGACUGCUGGCUGUUUCUCAGGAAAAGAAAUUUUAAAAUGUGCAAUGAUUAAGAGAAGUUUGUUAUGAACAGUUUUGGGGGUUAUUACCUUUUUGCUGAUGACUUUUUGUGUUAGAAUUGAUGUACAUUUGUGAAUGUACUCUUGUCAGUUGAAAAGCAUAGCUCUUCAUUUAACCUUGGAGCUGUAGUUAUAGUCACUUGUACUUAAUGUCAGUCAAUAAUAAUGCAGCUCGUGCCUGCUUGGUUUUCUCUACAGGGAAGUACAGCAGUUUUCAAGUCCACAAAUGAUCAAUAAAGGGUGAGAUAGAUUUCUAAUUAUAUGAUUAGGACAUUUGAGUAACUUUUUAGAAAGAAAUUUUGGUGGGAGGAGACGUUUUUUUACUUGUUUGUUGUGUGCAGUGUUGCGUGACUACUGUGUAGCCCUCAGAAGAGACCUCUAUUUUGCUAAGAGAGAGUGUGAACUUCCCCUUAUAGCUGUGCUUUGUCUCACAACCUCCUGCUCUGUAUAUAGCGUACAGCCAGGUUUUACAGUGUCAUAACUGCAAUUGAUAUAUCACAGUGCCGUGUUUUUUUAAAAAAAGAUUAAAAAGAUAUGAAGAAAGUAUAUAUAUAUAUAGUUAUGUAAAGUAUAAGUACGUAUAUAUACGGUAUAUAUUUUCUGAAAUCGUUAUUAAUUUCAACAACUUGCAAUAUGGUUUUGAAUGUACUGUAUGUACGUAUAUUAAGUUUUAUGUUGCCAUUUGCUAAGUUUUGGUGCUUGAUCUUCGUAGGCGUAAUGUUACAAGAUUGCAGACAAGAGUCUUGUGUUACCAAUACGUAAAGAUGUUUUCUUCCCCACUUUGCCACAUCACAGUAAAUGACAAGCUCUCCAAGAAGGAGAGUUUAAAUAACACAUACAUAUAUAUAUUCUGGAUACUUUUUUAUUGAGAUGGAAGAUUGUCAUAUCUAGCUCCACAGGAUAUGUAACUGGAUGGAAUGGCACAAUCUUUGUAACUGUCCUAGUAUGCAAAAUAUGAUCUCGAUGCCUGGUUGUUCUAAAGAAUUGUAGUGCUAGAGCAACCAUGCACCGAAAAAGGGUAAAAACCUACCAAGUGUUCACUGUUAGCCUUCUGAAGAGUUUAUACUAUAUAGGUGAAAACUACCACUAUAUUUUAUCUACUGCGUGCACCUUUCAUGGGCAACAUUCAACAUUCACACAUAUUUAUGCAGCCAGUACCACAAGUACUGGUGGCUGUCCAGAUCGAGUCCUUCAUAUCUCCACGGUAGGAUUGCCUUACUGCGAGUGCCUAAACGUUUGUGCUUGUACACCUGGGUACUGACCGACCGACCGACCGAACACAAAGUCAAUUUUGCACAAUACCUUGUGUUUGGGGCUGCAAAUACAAAUAUUGAGUGGUGUUAUACAUGGAGUUAAGGAAAAUAAAUAUAUAUAUAUAUGAUAGUUUACUGUUGUUUAUAAUGUCAUAUUAUUGCUAUUAUUAUUGUUGUAUUAAUGGUCUGUAAAAUGUUCUAGAUUCUUAUUGACAAAGAACUUAAAUAAAGUUCGCUACAUAUUUUCCACAUAUCCACAGACGUACAAUCGAGGUGUGGCAAGUUUUUAUAAAUGAGUUGUAUACAAAUACAGUGUUGGUUGUAUUGGAAUUUAAAAGAUGUGCUGUUAAAUGUUAUGUGACAUUGCUGUUUCUGUGCUCGGCACACGGUCCCGGUACUGUGUUUGUUGUCAUGGGGAUGCUAUGUGCCAUGUUGAGACUUGCACUCUUCAAUUGCAGCCCCAAUGCUCUUGUUGCCCUUCCUUCUCUACACUCUGUGCCUUCACUUUCCUAUUCCACCUAGACUUUCAACUGUACACGGCGAAAAGCAAUCAAAAUUACACAGUUUUUCUAUAAAGCACAAGUACUAAAAAAGCAUUAGUGAGAAUGUUUUAAAAAGAAUUAGAUAAAUCCAAAGUGAGAUAUUUAUAUAGAUUAUAUUAUAUAACCUGCAGGGGUGCACAGUUUGUAAAGAGAUAGAUAUAUUUUGCUGUCGUCGUGACAACCACUCCGCUUGUAGAAUGUUGCUUCUGUCUUCCAUCGGUAGGGAGCUGAUAGCCAACAUGCUCAUAGACUCACAAGCAUGUCUGGUUUAAAAUACUCAUGUUGUUAAACGAGAAGAACAUGUACUUAGUUAUCUGAUCUUGAAAUAUACCCAGAGUAAUUCUAAAGGUUGUUGUAAUCAUUGGUUUUAUACCUGCUAAAGAAGUGCAAUAUUAUGUUAAAAGAAAAUAAGUAAAAUAGAAAUAUGAUAGUCCAAAUUGUUCCCCACUUGCUUGUAGUGUUGCCCCCUGUUUUUUUCGGGCCGUGUGAAAUGUGUGGCAGCCAAUUUGGUGUGGGGUGUUCUCGUGUACUCAACCCAGUCUGCCAACUGCAAGCGAUGCAAAUAAAGAUUUGUAUGUCAGAAGUUGUAAAUGGCCUUUAUUUCUUUCCUUGACCAUAUUCCUUCUAUUAUUGUUGAUGAAAUACCUAACUUUUCUAUGUUUGUUGGAAAAUGUAUGUAAUUAUGACUUACGCAUUAAGAUUGUUUGUAAAUAUCACACAGUGUAUUUGAUAUGUUGCACACAUUUUUAUUUUUCUUCUCUUUUUUUGUUUGUUGGAGUUCAAGAUUCUCUAGUGUAAAAAUAAAUGUACUGUUAAUUAUACACAUUGAGUUUCUAUUUAUAAAAGGAUGAAAGAGUUGUGGAAAUGUGCAAGUUGGUUUUCAAACUUUGAAAAGUAAUCAUGUAAAGGUGUACAGUGUAGGUCAGUGAAAAUAUUGAUUUACUGUAGAUUUAUAGAACUUUUUUUCGGGUUUUUUAUUUCAAAUUUCCCUACAAUAUCGCUACUAAAACUUGUGUUGGACUAGCUAGUCCUUUUCCAUGUGAUAUAUGUUUUAACAUUCUGAUAUUCAUGUGUUGCUUUAAAAAUUAGGCAACAUUUACU